AUGAUAACUGAUGAUUUGCAACCACUAUCGUUUGUUGAAAAUAGUGGAUUUCAAAACGUAAUUCGAUUGCUUGAUUCAAGGUACUUAGAUCUUUUACCAAGUCGCCGAACACUAACAAAAAGCAUCUUACCUGACCUAUACCCUACUACCAAAAAUAAACUACAAGAUAUUUUGAACAAAUCAAGCUAUAUUUCCAUUACUUCGGAUAUCUGGACAUCAUUAAAUACAGAUUCGUUUAUGACUAUUACUUUCCACACGUUUGAUAGUGCUUUCAUUCUUAAAACAUUUGUAUUAUGCACUUUAAAAUUAGAAAAUAGUCAUACAGGAGAAUAUCUUAUUCAAACGUUGGAAAAUAUAUUUAAUGAAUGGGGAAUUAGACACAAAAUCGUAGCAAUUGUAACAGAUUCAGGGGCUAAUAUUAAAUCUGCCGUAAACAAAUUACGAAUACCACACAUACCUUGUACAGCGCACAUAUUAAAUUUAAUUGUUACCCAAGCUUUAGUAUUUAGAAGUCCAUAUGAUGACAAUGAUGUUUUAGAACAGUAA